AUGCAGCUGUUCGUCAUUUGUCUCCUGGCGGCCACCACGGCUGCCUUCACCAUGUUUGGGCCACACAUUCGCAUCGUGCCCGGCCAGAAGCCGAACGAGAUCGUGCUCCACUUCCGGAAUCCGUGCAACAACAAAACCAGCACCACCACGCUGAAGCCGCCGCCACCACCGUGUCCGGAGCACCCGACCACGCCGGCCUGCCAGCACAGGAUCACGAGUCCGGCACCCACCAAGCCCAACUGCCCGCACGCCACGACAACGCCCCACAGCUGUGGUCACGACACGACACCGAAGCCCACCUUCGAAAGCACCUUGGGAACCACUUUCAAGCCUUCACUUGGUCCCACAACUCCGAAACCAACGACUCUGAAUCCGACUGACACAUCCACUCAGUCAUCUACAGAGAAAACAACUCCGAAAACAACCACUUUGAAGCCUACGACUCCGAAGGAAACAACUCAGAAGCCAUCUGAGCCAACCACCGAGAAGCAGACUACUCACAAGCCAACUGAGCCAACCACCGAGAAGCAGACUACUCACAAGCCCACUGAGCCUACAACUCCGAAGGUAACAACUCACAAGCCAACCGAGCCUACAACUCACAAGCCCACUGAGCCAACCACCGAGAAGCAGACUACCCACAAGCCAACCGAGCCUACAACUCCGAAGGUAACAACUCACAAGCCCACUGAGCCAACCACCGAGAAGCAGACUACUCACAAGCCCACUGAGCCUACAACUCCGAAGCCUACAACUCACAAGCCCACUGAGCCAACCACCGAGAAGCAGACUACUCACAAGCCCACUGAGCCAACCACCGAGAAGCAGACUACCCACAAGCCAACCGAGCCUACAACUCCGAAGGUAACAACUCACAAGCCAACCGAGCCUACAACUCACAAGCCCACUGAGCCAACCACCGAGAAGCAGACUACUCACAAGCCCACUGAGCCAACCACCGAGAAGCAGACUACCCACAAGCCAACCGAGCCUACAACUCCGAAGGUAACAACUCACAAGCCAACCGAGCCAACCACCGAGAAGCAGACUACCCACAAGCCAACCGAGCCUACAACUCCGAAGGUAACAACUCACAAGCCAACCGAGCCAACCACCGAGAAGCAGACUACCCACAAGCCAACCGAGCCUACAACCCACAAGCCCACUGAGCCAACCACCGAGAAGCAGACUACUCACAAGCCAACCGAGCCUACAACUCACAAGCCCACUGAGCCAACCACCGAGAAGCAGACUACCCACAAGCCAACCGAGCCUACAACUCCGAAGGUAACAACUCACAAGCCAACCGAGCCUACAACUCACAAGCCCACUGAGCCAACCACCGAGAAGCAGACUACCCACAAGCCAACCGAGCCUACAACUCCGAAGGUAACAACUCACAAGCCAACCGAGCCUACAACCCACAAGCCCACUGAGCCAACCACCGAGAAGCAGACUACUCACAAGCCAACCGAGCCUACAACUCACAAGCCCACUGAGCCAACCACCGAGAAGCAGACUACCCACAAGCCAACCGAGCCUACAACUCACAAGCCCACUGAGCCAACCACCGAGAAGCAGACUACCCACAAGCCAACCGAGCCUACAACUCCGAAGGUAACAACUCACAAGCCAACCGAGCCUACAACCCACAAGCCCACUGAGCCAACCACCGAGAAGCAGACUACUCACAAGCCAACCGAGCCGACUACCCACAAGCCAACCGAGCCUACAACUCACAAGCCCACUGAGCCAACCACCGAGAAGCAGACUACCCACAAGCCAACCGAGCCUACAACUCCGAAGGUAACAACUCACAAGCCAACCGAGCCUACAACUCACAAGCCCACUGAGCCAACCACCGAGAAGCAGACUACCCACAAGCCAACCGAGCCUACAACUCACAAGCCCACUGAGCCAACCACCGAGAAGCAGACUACCUACAAGCCAACCGAGCCUACAACUCCGAAGCCUACAACUCACAAGCCCACUGAGCCAACCACCGAGAAGCAGACUACCCACAAGCCAACCGAGCCUACAACUCCGAAGGUAACAACUCACAAGCCAACCGAGCCUACAACCCACAAGCCCACUGAGCCAACCACCGAGAAGCAGACUACUCACAAGGCCACUGAGCCAACCACCGAGAAGCAGACUACCCACAAGCCAACCGAGCCUACAACUCCGAAGGUAACAACUCACAAGCCAACCGAGCCUACAACUCACAAGCCCACUGAGCCAACCACCGAGAAGCAGACUACUCACAAGCCAACCGAGCCGACUACCCACAAGCCAACCGAGCCUACAACUCACAAGCCCACUGAGCCAACCACCGAGAAGCAGACUACCCACAAGCCAACCGAGCCUACAACUCACAAGCCCACUGAGCCAACCACCGAGAAGCAGACUACUCACAAGCCCACUGAGCCUACAACUCCGAAGCCUACAACUCACAAGCCCACUGAGCCAACCACCGAGAAGCAGACUACCCAUAAGCCAACCGAGCCUACAACUCCGAAGCCUACAACUCACAAGCCCACUGAGCCAACCACCGAGAAGCAGACUACUCACAAGCCCACUGAGCCUACAACUCCGAAGGUAACAACUCACAAGCCAACCGAGCCUACAACCCACAAGCCCACUGAGCCAACCACCGAGAAGCAGACUACUCACAAGCCCACUGAGCCAACCACCGAGAAGCAGACUACCCACAAGCCAACCGAGCCUACAACUCACAAGCCCACUGAGCCAACCACCGAGAAGCAGACUACCCAUAAGCCAACCGAGCCUACAACUCCGAAGGUAACAACUCACAAGCCAACCGAGCCUACAACCCACAAGCCCACUGAGCCAACCACCGAGAAGCAGACUACCCACAAGCCAACCGAGCCUACAACUCCGAAGGUAACAACUCACAAGCCCACUGAGCCAACCACCGAGAAGCAGACUACCCACAAGCCAACCGAGCCUACAACCCACAAGCCAACUGAGCCAACCACCGAGAAGCAGACUACUCACAAGCCAACCGAGCCUACAACCCACAAGCCCACUGAGCCAACCACCGAGAAGCAGACUACCCACAAGCCAACCGAGCCUACAACUCCGAAGGUAACAACUCACAAGCCCACUGAGCCAACCACCGAGAAGCAGACUACCCACAAGCCAACCGAGCCUACAACCCACAAGCCCACUGAGCCAACCACCGAGAAGCAGACUACUCACAAGUCCACUGAGCCAACCACCGAGAAGCAGACUACCCACAAGCCAACCGAGCCUACAACUCCGAAGCCUACAACCCACAAGCCAACUGAGCCAACCACCGAGAAGCAGACUACUCACAAGCCCACUGAGCCAACCACCGAGAAGCAGACUACCCACAAGCCAACCGAGCCUACAACUCCGAAGGUAACAACUCACAAGCCCACUGAGCCAACCACCGAGAAGCAGACUACCCACAAGCCAACCGAGCCUACAACCCACAAGCCAACUGAGCCAACCACCGAGAAGCAGACUACUCACAAGCCAACCGAGCCUACAACCCACAAGCCCACUGAGCCAACCACCGAGAAGCAGACUACCCACAAGCCAACCGAGCCUACCCACAAGCCCACUGAGCCAACCACCGAGAAGCAGACUACCCACAAGCCAACCGAGCCUACAACCCACAAGCCAACUGAGCCAACCACCGAGAAGCAGACUACUCACAAGCCCACUGAGCCAACCACCGAGAAGCAGACUACCCACAAGCCAACCGAGCCUACAACUCCGAAGCCUACAACCCACAAGCCCACUGAGCCAACCACCGAGAAGCAGACUACCCACAAGCCAACCGAGCCUACAACUCCGAAGCCUACAACUCACAAGCCCACUGAGCCAACCACGGAGAAGCAGACUACCCACAAGCCAACCGAGCCUACAACUCCGAAGGUAACAACUCACAAUCCUACUGAGCCAACCACCGAGAAGCAGACUACUCACAAGCCAACCGAGCCUACAACUCCGAAGGUAACGACUCACAAGCCAACCGAGCCUACAACCCACAAGCCCACUGAGCCAACCACCGAGAAGCAGACUACUCACAAGCCCACUGAGCCAACCACCGAGAAGCAGACUACCCACAAGCCAACCGAGCCUACAACUCCGAAGGUAACAACUCACAAGCCAACCGAGCCUACAACCCACAAGCCCACUGAGCCAACCACCGAGAAGCAGACUACUCACAAGCCAACCGAGCCUACAACUCACAAGCCCACUGAGCCAACCACGGAGAAGCAGACUACCCACAAGCCAACCGAGCCUACAACUCCGAAGGUAACAACUCACAAUCCUACUGAGCCAACCACCGAGAAGCAGACUACUCACAAGCCAACCGAGCCUACAACUCACAAGCCCACUGAGCCAACCACCGAGAAGCAGACUACCCACAAGCCAACCGAGCCUACAACUCCGAAGCCUACAACUCACAAGCCCACUGAGCCAACCACGGAGAAGCAGACUACCCACAAGCCAACCGAGCCUACAACUCCGAAGCCUACAACUCACAAGCCCACUGAGCCAACCACCGAGAAGCAGACUACCCACAAGCCAACCGAGCCUACAACUCCGAAGGUAACAACUCACAAUCCUACUGAGCCAACCACCGAGAAGCAGACUACUCACAAGCCAACCGAGCCUACAACUCACAAGCCCACUGAGCCAACCACCGAGAAGCAGACUACCCACAAGCCAACCGAGCCUACAACCCACAAGCCCACUGAGCCAACCACCGAGAAGCAGACUACCCACAAGCCAACCGAGCCUACAACCCACAAGCCCACUGAGCCAACCACCGAGAAGCAGAUUACUCACAAGCCCACUGAGCCAACCACCGAGAAGCAGACUACCCACAAGCCAACCGAGCCUACAACUCCGAAGGUAACAACUCACAAGCCAACCGAGCCUACAACCCACAAGCCCACUGAGCCAACCACCGAGAAGCAGACUACUCACAAGCCCACUGAGCCUACAACUCCGAAGGUAACAACUCACAAGCCAACCGAGCCUACAACCCACAAGCCCACUGAGCCAACCACCGAGAAGCAGACUACUCACAAGCCCACUGAGCCAACCACCGAGAAGCAGACUACCCACAAGCCAACCGAGCCUACAACCCACAAGCCAACUGAGCCAACCACCGAGAAGCAGACUACUCACAAGCCAACCGAGCCUACAACCCACAAGCCCACUGAGCCAACCACCGAGAAGCAGACUACCCACAAGCCAACCGAGCCUACAACUCCGAAGGUAACAACUCACAAGCCAACCGAGCCUACUACCCACAAGCCUACUGAGCCAACCACCGAGAAGCAGACUACUCACAAGCCCACUGAGCCAACCACCGAGAAGCAGACUACCCACAAGCCAACCGAGCCUACAACUCCGAAGCCUACAACUCACAAGCCCACUGAGCCAACCACCGAGAAGCAGACUACCCACAAGCCAACCGAGCCUACUCACAAGCCCACUGAGCCAACCACCGAGAAGCAGACUACCCACAAGCCAACCGAGCCUACAACUCCGAAGCCUACAACCCACAAGCCCACUGAGCCAACCACCGAGAAGCAGACUACCCACAAGCCAACCGAGCCUACAACCCACAAGCCCACUGAGCCAACCACCGAGAAGCAGAUUACUCACAAGCCCACUGAGCCAACCACCGAGAAGCAGACUACCCACAAGCCAACCGAGCCUACAACUCCGAAGGUAACAACUCACAAGCCAACCGAGCCUACAACCCACAAGCCCACUGAGCCAACCACCGAGAAGCAGACUACUCACAAGCCCACUGAGCCUCCAACCGAGCCUACUACCCACAAGCCUACUGAGCCAACCACCGAGAAGCAGACUACUCACAAGCCCACUGAGCCAACCACCGAGAAGCAGACUACCCACAAGCCAACCGAGCCUACAACUCCGAAGGUAACAACUCACAAGCCAACCGAGCCUACAACCCACAAGCCCACUGAGCCAACCACCGAGAAGCAGACUACUCACAAGCCAACCGAGCCUACAACUCACAAGCCCACUGAGCCAACCACCGAGAAGCAGACUACCCACAAGCCAACCGAGCCUACAACUCCGAAGCCUACAACUCACAAGCCCACUGAGCCAACCACGGAGAAGCAGACUACCCACAAGCCAACCGAGCCUACAACUCCGAAGGUAACAACUCACAAUCCUACUGAGCCAACCACCGAGAAGCAGACUACUCACAAGCCAACCGAGCCUACAACUCACAAGCCCACUGAGCCAACCACCGAGAAGCAGACUACCCACAAGCCAACCGAGCCUACAACUCCGAAGCCUACAACCCACAAGCCCACUGAGCCAACCACCGAGAAGCAGACUACCCACAAGCCAACCGAGCCUACAACCCACAAGCCCACUGAGCCAACCACCGAGAAGCAGAUUACUCACAAGCCCACUGAGCCAACCACCGAGAAGCAGACUACCCACAAGCCAACCGAGCCUACAACUCCGAAGGUAACAACUCACAAGCCAACCGAGCCUACAACCCACAAGCCCACUGAGCCAACCACCGAGAAGCAGACUACUCACAAGCCCACUGAGCCUCCAACCGAGCCUACUACCCACAAGCCUACUGAGCCAACCACCGAGAAGCAGACUACUCACAAGCCCACUGAGCCAACCACCGAGAAGCAGACUACCCACAAGCCAACCGAGCCUACAACUCCGAAGCCUACAACUCACAAGCCCACUGAGCCAACCACCGAGAAGCAGACUACCCACAAGCCAACCGAGCCUACUCACAAGCCCACUGAGCCAACCACCGAGAAGCAGACUACUCACAAGCCCACUGAGCCUACAACUCCGAAGCCUACAACUCACAAGCCCACUGAGCCAACCACCGAGAAGCAGACUACCCACAAGCCAACCGAGCCUACAACUCACAAGCCUACAACUCACAAGCCCACUGAGCCAACCACCGAGAAGCAGACUACCCACAAGCCAGCCGAGCCUACAACUCCGAAGGUAACAACUCACAAGCCCACUGAGCCAACCACCGAGAAGCAGACUACCCAAAAGCCAACCGAGCCUACAACUCCGAAGGUAACAACUCACAAGCCAACCGAGCCUACAACUCACAAGCCCACUGAGCCAACCACCGAGAAGCAGACUACCCACAAGCCAACCGAGCCUACAACUCGGAAGAUAACAACUCACAAGCCCACUGAGCCAACCACCGAGAAGCAGACUACUCACAAGCCAACCGAGCCUACAACUCCGAAGGUAACAACUCACAAGCCCACUGAGCCAACCACCGAGAAGCAGACUACCCACAAGCCAACCGAGCCUACAACUCCGAAGGUAACAACUCACAAGCCCACUGAGCCAACCACCGAGAAGCAGACUACCCACAAGCCAACCGAGCCUACAACUCCGAAGGUAACAACUCACAAGCCAACCGAGCCUACAACUCACAAGCCCACUGAGCCAACCACCGAGAAGCAGACUACCCACAAGCCAACCGAGCCUACAACUCGGAAGGUAACAACUCACAAGCCCACUGAGCCAACCACCGAGAAGCAGACUACUCACAAGCCAACCGAGCCUACAACCCACAAGCCCACUGAGCCAACCACCGAGAAGCAGACUUCUCACAAGCCCACUGAGCCAACCACCGAGAAGCAGACUACCCACAAGCCAACCUGACCUACAACUCGGAAGAUAACAACUCACAAGCCCACUGAGCCAACCACCGAGAAGCAGACUACCCACAAGCCAACCGAGCCUACAACUCCGAAGGUAACAACUCACAAGCCCACUGAGCCAACCACCGAGAAGCAGACUACCCACAAGCCAACUGAGCCUACCCACAAGCCCACUGAGCCAACCACCGAGAAGCAGACUUCUCACAAGCCCACUGAGCCAACCACCGAGAAGCAGACUACCCACAAGCCAACCGAGCCUACAACUCCGAAGGUAACAACUCACAAGCCAACCGAGCCUACAACUCACAAGCCCACUGAGCCAACCACCGAGAAGCAGACUACCCACAAGCCAACCGAGCCUACAACUCGGAAGAUAACAACUCACAAGCCCACUGAGCCAACCACCGAGAAGCAGACUACUCACAAGCCAACCGAGCCUACUCACAAGCCCACUGAGCCAACCACCGAGAAGCAGACUACCCACAAGCCAACCGAGCCUACAACUCGGAAGAUAACAACUCACAAGCCCACUGAGCCAACCACCGAGAAGCAGACUACUCACAAGCCAACCGAGCCUACAACUCCGAAGGUAACAACUCACAAGCCCACUGAGCCAACCACCGAGAAGCAGACUACUCACAAGCCAACCGAGCCUACAACUCCGAAGGUAACAACUCACAAGCCCACUGAGCCAACCACCGAGACGCAGACUACCCACAAGCCAACCGAGCCUACAACUCCGAAGGUAACAACUCACAAGCCUACUGAGCCAACCACCGAGAAGCAGACUACUCACAAGCCAACCGAGCCUACAACCCACAAGCCCACUGAGCCAACCACUGAGAAGCAGACUACCCACAAGCCAACCGAGCCUACAACUCCGAAGGUAACAACUCACAAGCCCACUGAGCCAACCACCGAGAAGCAGACUACUCACAAGCCCACUGAGCCAACCACCGAGAAGCAGACUACCCACAAGCCAACCGAGCCAACCACCGAGAAGCAGACUACCCACAAGCCAACCGAGCCUACAACCCACAAGCCCACUGAGCCAACCACCGAGAAGCAGACUUCUCACAAGCCCACUGAGCCAACCACCGAGAAGCAGACUACCCACAAGCCAACCGAGCCUACAACUCCGAAGGUAACAACUCACAAGCCCACUGAGCCAACCACCGAGAAGCAGACUACUCACAAGCCCACUGAGCCAACCACCGAGAAGCAGACUACCCACAAGCCAACCGAGCCUACAACCCACAAGCCCACUGAGCCAACCACCGAGAAGCAGACUACCCACAAGCCAACCGAGCCUACAACCCACAAGCCCACUGAGCCAACCACCGAGAAGCAGACUUCUCACAAGCCCACUGAGCCAACCACCGAGAAGCAGACUACCCACAAGCCAACCGAGCCUACAACUCCGAAGGUAACAACUCACAAGCCAACCGAGCCUACAACUCACAAGCCCACUGAGCCAACCACCGAGAAGCAGACUACCCACAAGCCAACCGAGCCUACAACUCGGAAGAUAACAACUCACAAGCCCACUGAGCCAACCACCGAGAAGCAGACUACUCACAAGCCAACCGAGCCUACAACUCCGAAGGUAACAACUCACAAGCCCACUGAGCCAACCACCGAGAAGCAGACUACUCACAAGCCAACCGAGCCUACAACUCCGAAGGUAACAACUCACAAGCCCACUGAGCCAACCACCGAGACGCAGACUACCCACAAGCCAACCGAGCCUACAACUCCGAAGCCUACAACCCACAAGCCCACUGAGCCAACCACUGAGAAGCAGACUACCCACAAGCCAACCGAGCCUACAACUCCGAAGGUAACAACUCACAAGCCCACUGAGCCAACCACCGAGAAGACCACCCACAAGACAACUGAAGAGACAACAGAGGCAGUCACUACCACCGCUUCCCUGCCGCCCUUCAACAUUUUCGAUGUGAUAACCCCAACGACGACCGAUUCUGAUUACGUUUAGGAAGGCUUAGGCGAGCGAGAAGACACUACGAAUAGAACUAAGCUUUUAUUUAAUGAGUUUAACCAAUCUAUAUCUAUGUAUAUUUUUAACAACAACCACAGCUGUAAAGAUGCACCUUUUGAACAACAACGAUGGCUAAUGUACUUUUUAAA